AUGUCUAUUGGCCGCUGCCGUGAACGACACAGAUCAGAACCUGAACAGCACAACCUCUUAGGAUAUUGCAAGGACCAAUACUGCAAGCUAGUGAUGGACGGUUCUUCAAAAGACAUGUGCUAUAAACGUAUUGACCGUGGAUAUUGCUCAGAAGGAUUCAAGUCUAGCACCUAUAAUGCCGUAGGUAUUUAUACUAUUAUGCCCCCAUUUUCCAACACGUCAUUUCCUGUACGUUGCGAAAUGAAGUUUGGCGGCAGAACGAUGGUGCAGUACCGGGAUGACGUCACAGAAGACUUUUACCGAAACUGGACUGACUACCGGAACGGAUUCGGAUCUCUGGAUGCGGACUUCUGGCUGGGCCUGGAAAAGAUUCGUCAGAUCGUCAAAAACCGCGACGUCGAUCUCGUCGUCUUCAUGAAACUCGGCAACGGCAGCUACUACCAGCAGCGUUACUUCAACGUCAGCGUCAGCGACGAAUCCGACGGUUACAGGGUGAUGUUUUCACACAGCCGACCCGGCAGCAGUUUCCCUCUGGGGGACUCUCUGUCGUACGCUAAUGGGUCACAGUUCACGACGCUGGAUGUGGACAACGAUAACUGGGCGGGAGGAAACUGCGCACAGACGCACAAGAGUGGGUUCUGGUUUAACGCGUGCACGAAGUGUAACCCGAAUGGGCGCCUCCUGAAGCCGGCAGACGGGUUGAAGUCGAGUUCCGAGGAAGUGUUUUGGACGCACGAUUUAGGGAACAGUGCUCCAUACAAAACCAAGAUGUGGCUGGUUGUUCCGUGA